CACUGCUUCUUGCGAGAUACUCUUGUUUAACGCUGUGAGUGGAAGGUUUAGGAUCUUUCCUAAGUGGCUUCUCUUGGCUCGUCAGCUAGCUACCCUGUUUGACAAGUAGAACGCUUGGGCAGCUUAAGUCCACAUUGAACCAGGGAGGGUAAAAGCCCCCUAACCCCCAUGUCGUGUUUGUGAAGGAACUAGGUGUAACGAUGAUGGAAACCACUACGACAGCUCUCUAUCUGAAUCCUUUCUCCAUAGAUCGAAUUCUGACCCGUACGGACAUAGGUGCUCUCCAUCCGCCCCGUGGGGUUGAGGAGCACUGUAAUUUGUCUGGGUCACCCCUCACCCCAGGAAUAUCCGAUAGCGACAGUGUGUCUGAUGGAGACCGGGACGAAGAGCUGGAUACAGACUUAGAGCUGAUUAAAGUCGGAGACUCGGAUGGCUGGAGUUCGGAUGGCGGGUCAGAGCAAGGGGAUUCCCCGUCCACGGGACACCGGAGGAAGGAGGAUCCGGCUAAGGUGCGUACCGCCGGGUUAGUGAACGAGGUUGUGGAACGAGCCGUAACUCCCUCUGAUAGUGACAUCUCUAUGACAGAUGCCUCCUGCUCACCAAGCCCGUAUCACGAUGACUCACACCAUUGCUCACGGCUACUCCAAGACAGGGAUUCCCCAGGCCCCCACAGGCUCUCUCCGACAGGCAACGGCGACAAGACGAAAACAAUAGACGCUGGUAAACAAGAAAAUGGCGGCAAACCGCAGACGUCGAAGCCAAGAAAGAAACGCUCUCGCGCUGCAUUUUCCCACGCUCAAGUUUUUGAACUGGAGAGAAGAUUUAGUCAUCAGAGGUAUUUAUCGGGGCCAGAGAGAGCUGAUUUGGCUCAAGCCUUGAAGUUGACUGAAACGCAGGUGAAAAUCUGGUUCCAAAACCGGAGAUAUAAAACAAAACGCCGUCAACUACAGCAGGAGCAGACUUUACCGAGCACGGCGAAGAAAGUGGCAGUGAAAGUGUUGAUCAAGGACGAUAAGAGGCUGUACAAUCCUAAUGAACUCAAGCCGUUCCUCUACCCAUCCAUACCAAUUCCCGGAUUAACAGUAUUUCCCUUCUAUUUCCAUUACUCAUAGGUUUUGUGAUUCAAGACUUUUAACACCAUUUUGUGCAAUAUGAAUAAUGUUCUUUGAUAACGACAAUAUGAACAUAGUCCACUGAUAAGGACAAUAUGGUCAAUGUUCUUUGAUAAUUACAAGCUGAACAAUAUCCUUUGAUAAAGAAAAUAUGAACAAUAUCCUUUGAUAAAGACAAUAUGAAAAGAACAAUAUUUACAAGGCCCAUUGAUACCAACAAUAUGAACAAUAUACUUUGAUGAGGACAAUAUGGACAAUAUCCUUUGAUAAGGUUAAUGUGGACAAUGUUCUUUAAUGAGGACAAUGGGAACAAUAUUCUUUGGGACGUGACAAGGAUCUAACUCCUCAUUCGACAUAUGGCGUCACCAGGGAAACCUCUUUAGAGUUCAGAAGCGUGGUUUCGUUUCUUAUGGUCCCCAGUGCUAAGUAUUUGUUGAUUAUUUAUGUUGCAAAUUAAGUAAACUCGCCCGGUCCGGAAAUAUAUCAACUAUUCAACACAUAUACACCGUGUCAGGGUAGUAUAUUCUUGCUAAACUUACAUAUCGAUAUCGUACUUGUUUCGUAUCGACAUACAGGCUUUCUCAUCUAACCAUGAAUGAGAAUAUCCAUGAUGCUUAAUUUUCUGUACUUGUAUUAUGUUGUUAUUUAGUGACAUUCGUGGCGUAU